AAGAGAUUUCACGCAGACUUUCUCCCUGGGUCUUCUCCUCUUGCUCGCCUCACCAAGAACAGAACAACCGUCCCACAAGAAGAAAAACUCCAGCAAUGUGUGAAACAGAUAUGUAUGGAGCAGAUGAAGAUGAGGUUGAGUUUUAUGGGACUCUUAAGAUAUUGCUAAUGGCAAUAGAAGCAAUAACUUACUUGAUAUACAAUCUCGCUUCAAGAAUUAACGAUGAACCUGUUCCACGCCCAUUGACUCGCCGACCUGUGAUGGCUAAUGGGAUUAAAUAUAUGGAUGAAAUAAUGGCCGAAGAUCCUAAAACAUUUAGAAAUGUAUACAGAAUGUAUCCUAACAUUUUUCAAAAAUUAUGUUGUAUCCUAAGAAACAAAACGCCUUUACGAGAUACAAGAUAUAUUUGUGUUGAAGAAAUGGUAGCAACAUUUUUACUUAUUAUCGGCCAAAAUAACCGCUAUUGUCAACCAAGAAUGAUAUUUAAGCGGUCACACUUCAGCAUUAGCAGAAGCUUCAACAAAGUAUUGAAAGCGUUGAAUACAAUAGCUCCCGAAUUUAUGGCCAAACCGGAAUCUAUACCACAUGUCAUCAGAGAGAGUACAAGGUUUUAUCCUCAUUUCAAGGAUUGCAUCGGAGCAAUAGAUGGCACUCAUAUUCCAGCAAUAGUACCUGGACGAGAAACGAACAGCUAUCGAAAUCGUCAUGGGACUAUAUCUCAAAAUGUACUAGCUGCUUGCAACUUUGAUUUGCAAUUCAUAUAUGUGCUUAGCGGUUGGGAGGGUUCUGCCCAUGAUUCAAAAGUGUUAAAUGAUGCAAUUUCAAGACCAAAUGGUCUUAAAGUGCUACCAGGAAAAUAUUAUUUGGGGGAUUGUGGAUUUGCAAAUCGGUGUCAAUUUUUAGCUCCAUUCCGAGGUACUCGGUAUCAUCUAAAGGAUUUUGGUGGUGAAGGAAAUCACCCUGUUAAUGCGGUUGAACUAUUCAAUCUUCGUCAUGCUUCUUUAAGGAAUGUGAUUGAACGGAUAUUUGGAAUAUUCAAGUCACGCUUCACAAUCUUCAAAACAGCACCUCCUUUCUCUUAUAAAACACAAGCAGAAUUAGUUUUGGCAUGUGCAGGAGUACAUAAUUUUCUUCGACGUGAAUGUCGAUCUGAUGAAUUUCCUCCGGAUCCAGAAGAAGACCCACCUAGCGAUGAUGAGGACAAUCUUGAAUGGGAUAAUUUUCAGACACAAGAUCAACAGAGGGAAAAGGCCAAUGAAUGGAGGAUGAAUCUUGCUACUCAAAUGUGGGCAGCUGCAGAAAAUGAAUAAUUUUGAUCCAUAGUUCAGUAGCACAAGACGUUUGUUCCCAUUUCGUGCGUUGAUGACUUUAUUUUUUUUUUGUUAUAUUUUUUUAAUGCUUAUGCUUCACCUCAUUCGGAAUAGAGAACAUUAGCUAUUAUAUUUGUCAUAUUUUCUAUGUAGCAAUUCUUAUUUAUUAAAGUUUGGUCUAGUUGGAUCUGGUCUUAAAUAAG